UCACCCUCGUUGCUUCCAGUGAAGCAGCAGCGACCUCUGGCGGAUCCCCUGUCACACUGCAGCAUGGGCGGCGGAGAUAAGAGCGCGCGCUGCGUGCUGCCGCAGUUGCGCUGCGAUGAAGAGGAGUAGCCUCACGAGGAUGGAGCAGCUCUGAUCAACCAGCGCGUGGAACAACAGCAACUAUCGAUAAUAACAUCGCGGAGGAGCUGCGCAAAGUUUGUCAGCGGGAAGGAAGAUUCACCAAUAACCAGGGCAUCGGCCUCGCUCCCCAGCUGCCAGCAUGAUGAAGGACUGCCUGCAGUUCCUUAUCGAGCCGGCCAAGAAGCUCAAAAUCCGACUCAAGGAGUCCCGUAAGCGGGUCAAACUUGAGAAGAAGGAGCUGCCGGUGGAAAGUCAGUUGUUUAUCAUGGAAUUGGCUCGGGAGCUCAACAAAAUUUGCCAGAGGUCAAAUAUCCUCAGCCACAUCUGGACCGGUGAGGACAUCUGCCAGCCCAGUGUGUGUCGCGAUUUUAUCGUGGAGUGGGCCGCUGUUUUAGAAAAGAGAGUGCAGCCGAGGGUCAUACUGUCGGACUACCAGUGUGAAAAGCCAGAGAAGAAAGACUGGAAGGGUCACCUCCUCUGCAUGCUGGAGGCCGGAGGGGAGUGCGACAUGGGGCCCCACAAAAGAGUCAUCAUGGACUGGACCCGGGGGAUUAAGAGCAGGCCUCAGCCCACCGUCUGGCCAGGCGAGCCGGUGCUCAUGAUGCUCGACGACCUGGAGUUCCAGUGGAAGAGGGGUCGUCUCCCCAGCCUGCUCCCCGCCAUGGAGCUGGUCAUGCUGUCCGUGCUCAACGCUGACAGCCCUGUGAAGGAGGAUGUGACUAAGCAGUGGCUGGUGAGGAAGCAGAGGAGCCAGAGUACUGACGCCGUCCGCUACAUCCCCCACAGCGUGUGGAAUUGGAUUUGCGAUGCAGCAGAGGACGUCACUCUGGACUCGGACUCCGCCAACCCGGACCUCAUCAUCUCCUCUGAUGAGAAACGCAUGCGCUGCGGCCUGGAGCGCCGCGACGCCCCGCGGUGCCGGCGGCGCUUCAACGGCUGGUGGUGCGCCACGGGCCAGGAGGGAUACACCUCCGGGCGCCACUACUGGGAGGUGGACGUGGGCGAGCGGGACUGGCGGCUGGGGGUCACCAAGGCGUCCGCCGUGAGGCAGGGCUUCCACUCGCUCAACACGGCCACGGGCUACCUGACCCUGCGGCUGGAGCGGGGCUCGGACCUGAAAGCCCUGACGGUGCCCGCCACCUCGCUGCCGCAGAGCUCGCUGCCCAGGAGAGUCGGGGUGUACCUGGACUAUGAGCAGGGCCAGCUGUCCUUCUAUGACGCGGAGAAGCGCUCGCACCUGUACACCUUCAACGAGAAGUUCGCCGAGGAACUGUACCCGGUCUUCGGUACCGUGGAGGUGGUGAACGACCUGGUGGUCAGGCCUGCAGAUGUCAGACAGCCGUGCCUCUGCCCCGGGCCCUGCCUCUGGAACUGAAUCACACAUCCGCCACUUCUCCGUCCCGAUCCUCAGCAGCCCACCGACUCCGUGCUUUCAGUUUCAUUUAGUCCAUUUGAAUCUCGUGCGCUGGUUCUAGACCCAAAACGUGUCUCUGCGGGCUGCUUUGUGAGACCAGGGCCAAUAAAGGUUAUUCUGCACGUUCUGUUCCUCUGCCUUCAUGGAGACAUUAGCCGUUUUCAGACAUGAACUCUGGAGAAGGGAAUUGGCGGAGUUUGUCUUUCACACAUGAAGAGAUCAGCAGGAGAUUCACUGCUGAGACGCAUUCACCACCACACAGACCGUUUAGGUGGGGGCGCAUCAACACUGGGGUUGGCCCCGUCUAUAGGUGGCACAGCUUUUUUUAGACUGAGAUAUUUGUUUUGUUUUUUCAUUUUUGCAUCUGUCGCAUCUUCCAACACACCAACUCUCUCGUGUUGAAUCCUCCUCCUCCAGGAUCUCCUGGUCCUCUCCUCCACAUGGGCACAUCCUUCCAUUCUCCAGAGUUUUUAAACAGGGUGGGGGAAACUGUGCAGAAAUUCUGGAGCAUCUCACUCUGGCAUUUAAAACAAUUCUCCAGAGAUCAGUGCAUGAUUGAGAUCAGCUAUACAGUGUUUGACUCUUCGUAAUGUAAAGACUAUUUUCAAUGCUGUAAAAACAUUUUUUCACAGGUAAAGAAGAUUUGAAAGGGGCUCAGUGCAGCUGAUGCCAACGCGUGCAGGAACAUAAAACGUGCCGGAUCAUCCAGGGGAGACGCAUGUUGAGAGAUAAUUCUCACUUCUUGGUUGUUAAGCUUCCUUUUUGUCAGGCAUGAGCUUGUUUUUGCAGCUGUGCUUUUGUUUAAGCGUUGAAUAUGUAAAGAUGUUUUUUUUCCCUCUCAUAAACAUCUGAAUAAAUGAACUGUAAAUGGGC